CCUCCCGCUGCCCUGGCUCCUCGGCCACGUCUGAAAGCGGCUCAUUGUGUCCGCAGCCAGCUCGGGUCCGCCGAGGGAAGCAGUUGCUGUGCUGGGGCACAGGGUGCACCUCAGCCCGUUCGCCCUCGGAGAGUGUGGGGUCCAACGUGAACAGCAUUGUCACUGUCACCCCCUUUGGCCGUCAUUAAAACCCUCUUGUAAUUGCUUUUCCUUGGUGAGAAUGGCAAGGAUUCGAAUUCCUAGCACAAUUGUUAUAAUUUUUGUUGCAAUUCAGACUGGAUUCUUACUCUUCAUGUAUGCCCGGUAUAGUAGCUUCAUGACUCAGCCUGAGGAGAAACCAUCUCAAGUCCAUAUCCUCAUUCUCUCUUCUUGGCGGUCAGGAUCUUCUUUUGUUGGUCAACUUUUCAGCCAGCACCCCAGUGUCUUCUACCUGAUGGAGCCUGCAUGGCAUGUGUGGGUUACAAUGUACCAGAACAGUGCCAAGGUCUUGCACAUGGCAGUGCGGGACCUUGUCAGGUCGGUCUUUCUGUGUGACAUGUCUGUGUUUGAUGCUUACAUGCCUUGGAAGAGAAACUUAUCUGAUCUUUUCCAGUGGGCAGUGAGUCGGGCUCUGUGUUCAGCUCCUGCCUGUGACUCCUUUCAGCGUACUGACAUAACCAGUGAAAUGGCAUGCAAGACUCUUUGUGGACGGUACCCAUUCAGCAAGGUGGAGGAAGCCUGUAAAACCUACAGUCAUGUUGUCAUCAAGGAGGUUCGAUUCUUUGACUUGAAGGUCCUCUACCCCCUUCUCACUGAUCCAUCCCUGAAUCUCAAAAUCAUUCACUUGGUCCGUGACCCCAGGGCAGUCGUCAAGUCACGGGAACAAUCCGUCAAAGCAUUAGCCCGUGACAAUGGGAUUGUUUUGAGCACCAAUGGCACCAAAGUGGAAGACAGCAAAUACAAAGUAAUGCAAGAGAUCUGUAGAAGUCAUGUUCAGAUUUAUGAAACGGCUACUCUAAAACCACCCCAUUUCCUUAAAGAUCGCUAUUUAAUGAUCCGUUUUGAAGACCUGGUGAAGGAUCCGUUAUCAGAAAUCUCAGAAAUGUAUAAAUUUGCUGAUCUUAGUUUGACCCCCAUGCUCAAAAGCUGGAUCUAUAAUAUCACACAUGGAGAGGGACCAGGAAAGAAAAAAGAAGCCUUCAAAAUCACAUCUCGAGAUGCAGUUAGUGUUUCACAGGCCUGGAGAAAUGCUCUUUCCUUCCAGAAAAUUAAGAAAAUACAGGAAGUUUGCAGAGGUGCUAUAAACAUGCUUGGCUAUCAGCUGGUGGAUUCAGAAAAAGAGCAGAAAGAUCUGUCACUGGAUUUAGUGCUGCCAAGAAGACAGAAUCAGUUCAGUUGGUCAUCAUUUAAUCCACAGCACUGAGACAUGGUUUCUGAGAUUGGGGUUGGGGUGUGGUGUGUAGAUGGUUGCAUAUUUGUCUACUAUGCAGCAUAGAGGUUAUUUGAAAAUCCUUGGUUGAUGAGUUUAACUAUCUUCCUAUCUGCUGUUUUUCCAUAAUGGAAUGAGGUUUUUACCCUGAGUUCCUUACACUGAAAAAAAACCCAAAACCAAAAAAAGGCAUAAGAAAUACUGCGGAUAUUUGUCAGGUUGCACAUUUACAGCUGAGCUGUGCUGCUCUCAGCAUUGUUUUUAAAAUAUAAUUUAAGUUCAUUCUAUUAAAAGAUGAAUUAUCAAAGAUGACUUUGUUAAUUGAUAAUAGUUUUCUGUUUUCAUGCUUUAAAUACUUAAGAAUUUCAGUUCCUAAUGUGUAUAAAUGGAACAAAGUAGGAACUAAAUUCCUCUUGUUUCUUUUAGAACCAUUUGACUCUUUUCCUUUGCUUUAAAGUUGUUGUGCAGAACUUUUCAGUCUUCUCUUGACGUUUUACAUUUUAACAUAAUUUUAAUAUUUGAAUUAUGGAGAACUUUUAUUAAAGUUCUCCAAGAGCUAGGACAACUGCAGCAGUUCUGUUGUAAAAGGCUUACACAAGAGCUUCAUUUAUUGAUAGAUUUCUUUUCCAUGGAAAAGCAAAGUUUGCACUGAGAUAGUUGAUGGUGAUGUUGGCAUGGAAUGCAGAAAGCAAAAAAGAUGGAGAAACUUCGAGUGGAAUCACUGUGGAAAUAGCUUUUUAAUGCUGCCGCAGUCAUGUAUUCUAAUGCUGUGACAUGGAGUAGGCACACACUUGAUCAUGCAGCAUGAUUCAUAUCAUGCAGCAUGAUUCAUAUCAUUAACAACAACAGGUUGUUAAAACCUGUUGUUUCCAACAACAGGUUGUUGUUAAUGAAGAUAACUGAGAAUUUUGAGGUGCCCUGGGGAUAUUUGUAUUGAUUAUACAGCUGUAUGGAAGCUAUCAGUUCAAACAGUUGUUGUAGAGAGACAGAUGCUUGUGUAAGGGGUCUUUGUGUGGUUUUGUUUUAACUUUUCUGAAUCCAGCAUAUCUCAGGAUGGAUAGUACAUGUGUGAUUGAUACCAGAUAAUCCUCUUAGGGAUACUUGAUAAAUGCUGUGCUGUAGCUUGUAUACAUAAAAUCUUCAGUGCCACCAUUGUAAUCUGCUGUAGGAGGUAGAUGCUCUUAGGGCUGUGAGGUAGGCCCAUCAGUGCUGUGUCUUCUUGGAGGCAUUCCUGUUGCUUAUGGGGAUUUUUCCUAAGUGUUCUCAGAGCUACCAUGGGGCUUGUGGAGCCGUUUUUUUGUCUUGCUGGCUUUUCCAGGGACUAUGAGGUUGUGCUGGUAUUUCUCGUGCAUUCUUCAGUUCUUCGGGGGCCAUUUAUUUACCAGGUUACCUGGGGCUUCCUUCCUAUGUCAGGGAAUAUGGCAUUUUGUGGUGGUAAGGGUACCCCGCUGUUGUAUGUAGAACAAGAGUCUCUUGGGCUCCCCUGUGCAAGAGAGGUGUGAACAGAGUGGAGAGAAUGCACUGAAGGGCUGCCGAAAUGAUGAAGGGAUGAAGCAGCUCUUGAAUUACAAGAGCCCAAGAGCACUGGGGCUGUUGAGCUGGGGAGGAGACAGCCUGGGCUGGGAUGUGUGUGAGCACCUGAAGAGCCAGGCCCUGGCAUGGUGCUGUGGUGGCAGCUCAUGGUGGCCUGGAAGUCUGCGAGGCCUUUGCUUUCAUUCUCUUGCCUGUGCUGAUGAACAUGUGCAGGUGAGAGGCCUGCUUGUGCUCCCUUUCUGUGGUAGGUGUUCUUCAUGCCAAGUAAGACAAGCAAACACUUCUAACACUGUCUGUGCUGCAGUUUCCCUGAGGAGGAUCAUCUGCCAAAGGCUGAAGACAGCUGGGUGCCUGAGUGUUUAGGCAUUAGAAGUGUCCACAGUGGAUUAGAAGUGUCCACAAUGUGGUUAAUUGGAUAAAAUCAUGUGUAGUUUGCCCAUUUCCCCAUGGUAGUAUUUUACCUUCACUCUAGACACUCUGCCCCACCUUCUGGAUAGCCCGAGUAACUCCCACGAUUGCGGGUCCUGCACUCAGCUGCUGCUCACAUGUGGACAGGCAGGUCUGGUGCAAGAGCAGCGUAGCACGGUUCCAUGUACUGCUUCUUGCAGAUGGUCAGAUUUGAACAGUGGCUAAAACCAGGCCUAUAAACAGCAACUGUAAAGUGUUUGUGAUGUGUCUCACAGUUCUGCUGCACUCACGAAGUGUUUUAAGCUGUGGGCAGAAAUUCCUUGGUUUCUCUUCACUGUUUUCCUGCUCCCCCAUGUUCUGUUUUAUCUUGCAUAAAACUGAGGGUUUGGAGGUUUUCUUGUGUAGUUUUUUGUUUAGAAUUUCUUGGUGAGAUUUUCUCACUCAGGUGUUAUGGUUUUCUUGUUAGUUUUGUGGGAUUUGGUAUUUAUCAGUCAGGAUUUAUCAUUUACUGCUCAGAGCACAGGUUUUUAAAUCUAACCUCAACCAGGGCCUUGGGUAACAUGGUCUAGUGUGAGGUGUCCUUGCCUAUGGAAAGGGGUUUGGAAGUGUAUGAUCAUAAAGUCCUUUGAACCCAAACCACUCUAUGAUUCUACCAUAAGCUGUAAAGCCCCAGCAAGCAUUUGGGUUCUGAUAUUGGCAGUUUUUCAGCUAGAGUUUAGGGUUUAUAGCUAAUUGUCAGAUAGACAGGCCUAAGUCCUGAGAUAAUAAGCUUUGGGCUAUUUAUAGAAUCAUAGACUUAUAGA